AAACUUCCUGUAAUUCACUAGCUGGCAUUUAUCUGCCCCAAAGAAAUCGCUACAUAUGUGAUGCAGACAAUUUUUCCUGCGACUUCCUCCUUAACCAUGGCAGAAUCAGCUUACAGAUUGGUAUUCGUGGCUUUAACGUUUCUGGGUGCGGAGGCGACCUCCCCGCUUCGACCCCUGACUGUCCCAGCUCGUCCUACGGAGGUGACUCUCCAGAAGUCCUCUCUCUUUUACUUGUGGAAUCAACAACAGCACUUUGAAGACACUUUCCCUGUGCAGCGGGACACGCGAGCCGUAGGAACUUUGCUCAGUCCUGAUCACGGCUACAUAAGUAACCUAGUACCCCAAGACGCCGUUCACCCCCUCUACUCAACUAGUUACGCUGGGCUACGAGCUGAAUUACUCCUAGAUCACAUGCUCCAAGACACCGUAGAUCCCGACGACAAAAGGAUGAGCUCAAGCAAUGGCCUGGAAGUUUACACCCUCAACUACAACCCCGUUGUCUUCAGAAAGAACAACCAAGGGGACAUCACGGUCAAUGACACCCUUGUCCUGAAAGUCGAGACACUGCCUGGCGGGCUAGUAAGCUACGCGUUGGAUGGCAUCCUGUCUAAUUACCAGCAAAGAGUGCAUGAAGCUUUCGUGGAACUUUCGAAAGUCGUGCCUGCACCUUGGCCAUUCGCCUCACACCGGUAGCAAGGCGCGUCCAGGAGGAAUUGAAGAUAGAUUCCCCAUGUCACGGUGCGAAAAAAAUGAGUUACGGUAUCUUGAAUAUAGUCAGACCUUUAUUACAAUAAUUCAUGUUUAGACUUCUUUAUGUAUGCGUUGAAUAAAUAAAGAGAUGACAGUCGUG